AUGGAUUGGUUUAAGAACUACUGCUCCAAAGAAGCCAUAUCGGCAACCGAGUUAACAACAACCACAAUGGCCCCUGGUAUCAUAAGCCCCGUCCCAGGCAAUGUCACAUCCACUUUCUAUAGCAGCCUGCCUGGUAACUCUAGACAGGUUUCUGCUAUGUCUAGUUUGUUCGACCACGACAACCACUCCAACGGUGGUAUGUCCCGCUCCUUCAUGUCCCGGAAGUUCCACUCCGCCGGCAGCUCAAAGCUUUCUAGUGUGGUCCAAGGUCUUCAGCGCCAGAGCGGCGCAGAGUUGGGCGUAAACGCGUCUUCCGCGCUAUUCAAUACCGACCACGCUACUUUAUUAGAAUGGAUUGCCACCGAGCGCAUGAGUCACCUGCCUCCCGAAGGAAGCAGCUAUGAUAAGGUGCUCGCUUGGGCCCAGCUCUUCGUUGAGCGCCUACACUCCUUUGACAUGGCUAUUCGCGACUUCGAGGGAGGUAGCUGGCUUGCUGCUAAGCUCUCCUAUGGAUACUGUGCGAUGCUCCUGGAGCUUGGCAAAGAGAAUGCGCCGGCUCUUAUGGCUUCCUUCGGGUUUUUCCACAGCACCUCUUCAACCCUUGUGAACCUGCUUGAGCGCACUGAGCUCUUCACCGUCUCCCAGACGAUCAAGGACCAGCUGGUUGAGGCCCUGGCUGACCUUGUUUCAUUGGUCGCCAGUGUUUCCACUCACUUCCACCAGUCUAUCUAUGCACUUUCAGAGGGCUCAAUAUCCAUUAACAUCUAUGAGACCUUCACUGUUCAGAUUGAGUCUUUCCGUGAGCGCUGCGCGAAGAUAUCAGACUCCAUGUGGAGACACCAGCUCGUGCAGGAGAGCAAGGACCCUGAGAACGUGGCCAUUGUCAAAUCCGUGCAAAGCUGGCUGUCCCCCGACGACCGCGUCCUCACCCACCUUGCCGAGAACACCUCCCACCUUGCCCAUGAGCGCGAGGAGAUGACCUGUCUCUGGAUGAACCCAUACCUGAUCCACUUCCUCAAGAGCGACAACCACAUUCUCGCUUUCACUGGCGCCCUUGGAUCCGGAAAGACUGUCCUUGCCUCCGUUCUUGUCGACCGUCUACAGGACCACAUCGGCGGUGUUACAUACAAGUCAUUGUUUAUUCCUAUCAGCUCUAGAAUCCCAGCUGAGACCACCCCUGUCGCCAUUGCCAAGACAAUUCUCUUCCAGCUCUUCGAGAAGCGUAUUGGUAACGUCCAGCUACUCCAGAUUCUGCACGAGGCCUACGACGCCAGCAAGAAGACCACCAACGAGGCGGAAUACGAGAACAUUCUCUGGAAUGCCCUGAAGAAUGCCUUGAGCGCAGCUCAUGCCCGCGCUAAAGAUCUUGUUAUUGUCGUUGAUGGCGUUGAUGAGGCUUCGUGCGGCGAGACACUUCUGCUCCAGAAGCUGAUUGACGCCACCUCCAAUGGAACGAAUGUCAAGCUGAUCAUCUUUGGUGCCGAGAAGCCCCAGAAUUCUGCCAGUCUGAUGCAUGUUCCAAUUGGGGCUGACCGCAUUGCUGAUGACAUUUCGCUUGUCGUUAGAAGCGACUUCACCAGCGGCAAGUCGGCUGGUACCGAGGUCUUCUUAUCUAUGGAUGAGAUGGAGCAGGAGACCCUUGUUGAUCAAAUUAGCGAGGCCUGUCGCGGUUCCUUUCUCUGGGCUAAGCUGUGCACGAACUACGCUUGCCUUGAGCAUACCACCGAUGCCCUCCGCAAGGUCGUCAACACUAUCGUCAAGGGAAAACCCACCAUUGCCGACUUUGUUCUCCAGAGCCUCCAGGCCCCCGAUGUCACCGAAGAAGCUAAGCUCAUGCUGCUUUGGCUUGCUACCGCUGAUCGUCCUCUGCUGAUAAGCGAGCUGAUCAUGUUGGCUUCGAUCGAGCCGGAGAAGCAGAUUGUCACUGAUCGGAAAAUCAACAUUCGCCAAGUGUUGAAGCCCUUGAACUCCAUCGUCUCCAUGCAAAAUGGUCAGGUGCACCUUCGCCACGGUCUGAUCCGAACUGCCGUCUUACAUGUGUUCUCCAAGGGAAAGCUGAUCCCCGCGGUCAAAGACCGUCACACUGACCUCCUCACCCGUCUCUUGGUCUACAUAAAGUACACUGUUCCCGAGCAACAUGAGCCUUCCCUUACUCCCCUUGAUAGUCGUGAUGUCAGUCCCCGUGCGAAAACCCACCCUCUUCUUGACUUUGCCGUCCGCUACUGGCCUCGUCACUUGAAGCAGACCACGACCUUCACCACCGGUGGCAAUGCUUCCACCGGCAAGGAGUUCGGGAAGGUAUUCCCAGCCAGCGUUACCUUCUUGUUACUGCAAACCACCCUCUGGAACAGCCUAUCCACGCCCACGCUACUAUCAUACCACACCACUGUCACCAACCUGUGCCGCGAGAUCCUGGGGACCAACCAUCCUGGGACUCUCCAGUCCUUAAUCUCGUUGGCUCUGCUGCACCGUGAGCUCAACCAACCCCGAGAGGCCAUUCCUCUUAUCUACGAGAUCACCACCACCAGUCGGACUUUACUCAGUACCACCCACACCAUCACAAUGCAGAUGGCUCUGCUGUUCCUUGAUCUGACUGUAGACAUGGUCACUACUACCAAGUCGGAUAUCAUGACUAGGCGUGAGGAGCUUCUCAUCAUCAUCGUUGAAUGCUAUCAGACUCACUACGGCGAGAAGUCUGAGAAGACCAUCAAUAUUAUAAAGUCUCUGAUUGAGCACUACCGCGUGACCAAGGAAGAGCAAAAGAUCCAGUCUUGGACCUUCAAGAUCCAGAGUCUUACCACGACCAAGUACGACGGCGAUGAUACCCGCGACCUAAGUGUUCGCCUGAAGGGCCACAAACACCAUAUAGGUGACACUGGUAUUUGCUUCCGCAUGGACGCCGAGCACGAUGAGGUUCACGAAAAGUCGGAGUCAUUCGAGAGCCAGAUCACUAAGGCCGAGAAGUACACGGCUGAAGGCAGCCUCGACCUGGCCGAACGUCAGUACAUUGAGCUCUGGCAGCAGGCUAAGACCCAGGAACACAAGCUGCAAUCUGUUCUUGCUUACUCGAAGUUUUUGACAGCCCAGAAGAAAGAGCACGAGGCUUCUUCCAUCCUGUCCAGCGUUUCGGAAGAGCAUAAGAACAGCACUCGCACGCUUUCUGAGAGCUCGAUUUUGUACUUUGAGCAGAUUGCUAAGGUGAUGACAACUGUCGGUCUCACCGUCGCUGCCUUAAGCAUCUUCAAGCACUGUGCUUCGUUCUACCAGCGUACCAACCGUACCUCGUCCUACUUGGAGAUUCAGAAGCACAUCGCAAGUACCUCGCAACAUGUCAAGCAGCAGGCUAGCUCUUCGUCGUCGCACUUCUCCGAGACCACCCUGGAGGAGAUUGUCUAUGAGGCUUCCAGUUCCUCUAAGCUCGACCAGAGCUCGUUUACUGCUACCAGUACUUUGUUGGCCUUGUACACAAAGGAGCACCGCUGGAAGGAUGCCACCCGUCUCCUCAAGAAAGUUCUCCAGGGUAUUUGGCCUUCCCUGUUCGCUCCCUCCAUCCAGGAUGUUGUUCUCCCAGAGCAGCACACUGACAAGGCCGUCGACCUUGCCGAGCGUCUGAGCCAGUGCUACCACUACCGCCGUCGCUUCCCCCGCGAGGAAGGUAUUCGCAUCCGCGUGCACCGUGCGAUCCGCACCGCUCGGCCGGUGGGCGACAAGCUGAGGGAGACCAUCAAGGAUCAGCUGAUCACCUUCUUCGAGCGGUCCUCUCAGACUGACAAGGUCAUCACCACCUACCAAGAGCUUUUGGACGACUACACUGAGUACUAUGGGCCUGAACACACUACUGUAAUCAAGACCCUGUUCACCUUGGCUGAACUUACUCGUCCUCGCCCCGUCUUUGUGGAGUACUAUCAACGCAUAGUUCGCGCGUUAAACAAGGACUCGCCGGUCAUCAAGCCCGAGGCUUUGGAGCCAAUCAUCAUCGUUGCAACUGAGCUCUGGGCCCAAACUCGGUACGCUGAUGCCGUCCCCUACUUCACCUUGCUCUUUGCCACUUUCUUGAACCAGCCCAAGCAGAGCCCUAGGUUCCAGGACGUGACCUUCGUGCAGUGUGUCUUUGACCGCUAUACUCACUGCCUGCGCAACAACCGUACUGAAUUCGCCUUCGUCCACAAGGUCACCACUCAGUUCUACAACAAGGUCAGAACAGUGUUCGGAGCCACCGCCGCUAUCACCAUCCAGGCUACCUUGACCCUUGCCAAGGUGUGCCAGGAAACCAAAACCUACGAGAGUGACGCCAUCGCUCUCUACGAGGAGCUGCUCAAGGUCAAACCUGCCGGGGUUAACCUUGAGGAGAUUGAGGCCAUUCUUGACGGUAUCUUUGAGGAGCAGACUGCCAGCGCUACCUCCAAGUCUCAGUCUGUUUCCUCAGAGCAGAUGAAGCGUGUUACUAAGAUCUUGCAGAAGCGAAUUGAAUCCGCUCGCGAGACCUACGGCUGGGCUCACGAGGAGACCCUCUCCAAACUUCAGGAGGUAAUUUCAUUCCACUCCAACCAAAACAACAUCCAGCGUGUGUCCCGGGAGCUCCACGAGUCGACGAAGCAGAUCCUGUCUUCUGAGACCUCUUCGGAGCGCCUUGUCGCCGCAGCCACCACCAUCGCUGCGGGCUACAUUUCGACCGGCCAGGCUCAAAGGGCUGUUGAGCUGUCCCAGGAGCUCUACAGCCAGAUCGUCAUGAAGGACACUUCCAAGUCCAAGGAGACGCAGCUCGACUUCUCAUCCAAAGGCCGCCAGAGCCUUGUCUUCUUGGCCCAGCUUGAGCACAGCCUGCGCCAGGGCGCCUCUAGCGUCACUGAAAUUCUCGCCUCUUUGACCACCGAGUAUGUCUACUUCGAGGAGUUCAGAAACCACACCAGAUCAAAGGGCAGCUCUUUCUACACAAUCUCGGUUUCUGCUACUCGCCUCUACAACUUCCUGCUCGCCAACAAGCGCCAGGUUGCUGCCAACAGUGUCUUCGAUGACUUCGUCGCUUACUUUGUUUCCAGUGAAGGAACGCGCAUCAAAUUAACCGAGACUGCUCAGGUGACUGUCUUCCUCCAGACUAUCAUCGGCCACCUCACUCAGCACCAGUCCUCGAAUUUUGUCCGCUCGGUUGGUAUUGCCUCUAACGCCAAGGUCCUCGAGCUGCUGGAGGCUAAGAACUACGAUGGUGCUACUAACCUUGCUAUCGCUUCCUUCCGCUAUAUCUCAGCUCACGAUAUCUACCGCACGCCUGAGAUUGUCAAGUUCGUCUUCAGCCUAGGUCUGUUGAUCUCUGGCCACAACCUCACUCCCCGACCGGAAGCGGCUAUCCAGAAGAAGCUGCGAGGUGCGUCCAUGAUCAUCAUUCAGGAGGUCAUCCACGUCAUCGUCGACCUGAAGAUCAACAUGGCCCAGAUCAGCUUGGAUUACCUAAACGUCCUCAUAGGCCUCCUCGGUGAGCAGCAGGACUACAGGAACCUCGUCUGGCUUCUCAGCGAUCUGUGGAACAGCCGCAACAAGCAAGUCCACUGGACCCCCUCCAUCACCCUCGGACUAGCCCGCCGGUAUAUCCUGGCCCGUUUCCUGGUUGGCGAUUCCCUCAAGGCUUCUCGCCUGGCUGAGGACAUCGUGUAUAACUGCCGCCGUGUAAACGGCGCUCGCCACACGAGUACCCUCGAAAUGUCCACUCUACUCUCACAGCUAUAUACUGCUAUCGCGCAGCGCUACCAGUCCGACAAGAACGGCCAGCACAUGGCCAACAAGUACUACAAGAAGAGCGCAGGUGUGCACGAGAGCCUCCUCCGCGUCCUCGUCGACCCGUCACUUGCCGAGCUCGAAGGUGCUCUCGACGGCAGCUUCAGCGUGGACGGCUCCGCAUACGACCUGAACAUGCAUGAGCACGGCUCCGACAGCGGAUACUCGCUGGCCAGCGGCGAGCACGUUCGUGCCCACCUCAAUCUUCUCAAGCUCUCCGUUCAGCGACUAGGUGACUGGCCCAAGGAAUACAGCGAGUACCAGGCCCUCAGCGCCGGUCUCUUCGCUGAGUUCGGGGAUGAGCUGAAGGGUGUUGAUGGCGUUGAGAAGUGGAACCUGAAGGGCUUCGGUUCCGGCAAGGCUGCUAGUGCUGAGGAUACAUUGGAUUUGAAGGUCUUCACCUGGUCUAUUGAGCUCGGCCAGCAGAAUGGCGAUGUCGAGGAGGAGCUGUAA